AUGCGUCGUCUUGCGCAUCGAUUCUCGCUUAAAGAGUUGGGGCCGUUUCAUCACUUUUUAGGUGUUGAGGUUGUUCCAACUGGUGAUGGUUUGUUUCUGUCACAGUCUCAGUAUGUGGUUGAUACUCUGGACCAGUUUGGUAUGACAGGGGCGAAAGAGGUAACGACGCCCAUGAAUACAUCUGUUGACUUAUAUGUUGUCACCUCUCCUGUGUUUGAUGUGAUUGUUUAUCGGCAGGCGAUUGGUCGGUUACAGUACCUGGCCAUCACGCGACCGGAGAUCUCAUUUGCUGUGAACCGCUUGGCGCAGUUCAUGGCGGCACCUACUGAACUCCAGUGGCAGCCUGUGAAGCGCGUACUUCGUUAUUUGAAGGGGACCCUAUAUCUUGGCUUACAUUUUCGCAGGGGUCAAUCUUUGUCUCUUACGGCCUACUCGGACUCGGAUUGGGGAGACACUCGGGAUGGGGGACGGUCAACCACGGCUUAUGUCAUUUAUUUCGGGCCGAAUGUUGUGUCCUGGAGGUUUGCGAAACAACGCUGCGUGUCUCGAUCUUCCACAGAGCCUGAAUUCCGUGUUCUCACUAAUUUCGUUGCUGAAGUUAUGUGGAUUUAG